UUGUCUAGUGUGUGUCUUUCAACACAUUGUUGCAGAUACUACCAUAUAGUCCAUGGUUUUAUUGUGGAUACCUUUCUGAAAACUGUACGGUUCUUGGAAGCGAAGCGAAAAGCAAUCGAACAGUGGUGGGAAAAAGAUGGUCGCACUCAAUUUGGUGGUGUCGUUGAUACAGUCAAGGUUACGGCCGGAGUCAUUUACGAGAUAGCGAAGGACGUUAUUCAGUUAACCAUAGAUGCUUUGGGAGCAUUUUACCAUCGUGUCGAGGUGUUCGUUCACAAUUGGUCCCAUCAUGGUCUUGCCAAAGCAAUUGAGACCGGUUUCUAG